AUGUAUCUCCGAAGUACCAAGUACGAUGUCUUUGGAAAUUCUAGCAAUCCCGGAGGUAGAACUGAGCCAGUUCCUCGAUAUCUUGCAAAUGCUAUCCAGAUUAGUCCCGCCCGCGGCUCAUGCAAUCCCCGCGACUACUGCUGUGAGUAUCUUGACGAGACUUUGAUCAAGGUGGAGGUUCACCGACCCGAGGAGACCUGUCUCUUUGCCACAGAGCUGCAGCAAUACCGCGAGACCAUCCAUCAGGUCUCGCAGAUCCUCCAGCAUGCAGCACGCCAGCGCGAGCGCGGUCCUCGCCCUGACAGUAGCACCGCACCACCGCAACUGGAGAUCCAUCCUUGCCGUAAAAGACGCAUCACCAUCUCCUGGGAGGAAUCACGGUCUUCCACCUUCCCCCAACCGGCCCCCUUCCAUCCAACGCUCUUGCCAGACCAUCUGACCACCGAACUAGGACCCAAAGUAUCAGACAUGGCGGGCCUAGAGCGAUCAGCAAGGGAAAUAGCCAAGCAUGUCGGUGGCGACAACAUAGUUAUAUAGACACAUCAUCAACACAACCCAAUGCAAAGCAUAACAAACAGUAACC